AUGCGGCGCUGUUUCGUGGACGCCGUUCGUCGAUUCGCAGCACCGUUGGAGUUGCAGUGUUGCACUGCGUCUUCAACAAACGGUGGGACCCCAAACUUUGCACGAAAUACGAGUUCUAAGGGGACUGCGUCCUUUGGGAUAGACCCUAGCAAGCUGGACCUCGCACUGAAUCUCCACGAGGCGGAUUUUGGAGCAAUGGUAAAGGCGACGAAGGCCGCAAUGGCGAAGGAUAAACAUCACAGAGAGGCGAUUGCGGGUGAGGUGUUUAUUGGGAAUGACGCAACAGCCGAGGGAGAGGCAGCCCCUGCUCAUGCUUCAGCUACUGCAUCACCAGCGCGACUAACUCUGGCCACGCCGGCUUCUGCCGCCGCCACGACCACCAGCAGCAGCGGCAGCGGCGGUGAUGACGGUAACGCGUGGAUGAUGAGCCGUACCGUGCGUGGGAUCGUCGGUGCUGGGGCUGCGCACGACACAAACUCUUUGCAUGUCGUGAAGCAGCAGCGCAAGGCAGAGGGAGCACGGUAUGGUCUCAUGGAUAGUCUACGUGAUUGUCUCCUCGCAGGGAACUGGGAAAGAGGCAUGCGUCUAUUUGAGACUGCUCUUGAGACGGGCUGCAAAAGUGUUCAGGACACGGCGCUGGCCACUGAGUCCGCAGAGAGUGAAGGGAAGGAGACCCUUGAAACACUACGUCGCAUUAACGCCACCACACCAACGAACGCAGUUUCCAUGAACUUGCCGACGCAUCGUGGCAUACUACGGUGGGGUGGUGGGCAUUUUUACAUGUUGCUGAAACUGUUACUUAGCAAGCACCGUGUGACCGAAGCUGAAAGAGUCUGGGAUGUGAUGAAGCGUAUUGGCUUUGUUGAAUUUCACAUGGAUGCGCGGACGAUAAACCAAUGCAUUGCAAUGGCGCGCCGUACCACAUCAUCGGAUAUCAUUUCCCCUCUAACCGACACCAAGAAAUACACUGAGGAUGGGGAAAAGGCCUUCCGUAGGACAUUUGUGCUGGAACUGGAGGACUGGGCAAAGAAAAAGGGAUUGCAGCUUGAUGGGCGCAACAAACACGCCGCCCAAGCUGCCCGUUUCGCUGAUGCACUUAAAAAUGAAAAUCGAGAAGGCGACGGGAAAAGCAGCGACACCGCAAUCAACGGCGAAGGACUCAAGGUUGGAGAUUUUGGAGGACUUCUGCGGCGUUGUACUUCGGAAGAGUCGACGGCCCGUGUACUGCAUAUGAUGGAAAAACUAAAGGUGCCACGGAAGGGCAACAUCUAUAGUUCCCUUAUUGCCGCGCUACGGCAGCCGCACUACUGUUUAAAUGGCAACGACAAGCGCCUUGAUGGCACAGUCACAAAGGAGGAGUAUGAUGCACACAGAAGGAAACGACUGGAACGCGCACGUCAAUGGUAUGAGGAGUGCCCCGAAAGUGAACGUACAGCUGAUGUCUACAAUGAGAUGCUUCAUAUCACUCGCGGAGGCGAUGAGGAGGAUUCGGGGUUUGAGCGUCUUCUUGUUGAGUUCCGUGGUGUACCGUUGUUACUAUCGGCUGGUUCGCCACCAGCAGGUGACAAUGCAAGUGGGGAAAGCGAGGACACUACGAGAGGUAAACAACAGCGUCCAACACUCAAACCACCGCAGUGGCGGACUCCUCCUAAUGGCCGCACCUACGAGAUUUUAGUACACCGCAGUCGGCAUCUGCAGGAUUGGCCAGUAAUGUGGGCGUUGUAUGACGAAAUGAUGGAGUGGCAUGUGGUGGGGACAAAAAGGUUGUAUGAAACACUGCUUGAGGUAGCGGGGCACCAUCCACCCCAAGGGAUGGAGCCGCACUCAAUGGUAAUGGAGCUCUACGAGGAUAUGAAACGUCGCGGUAUUGAUGUCACAGGUAUAAAGAGCACUGUUAGCGUAGUGAAUGCGUGGUCUGCCACUCGCCGCAGACGACGGUGGUGA